AUGGCACAAAAUCAUUCACACACUUCACGUCGACAAACCGCCUCGACUGGAGAAACAGUCCCGCAAGAACGUUACCAGAAGUUAAAGCGUCGAGUACGUGAGAUGCAAGCGGAAAACGAAAAAGCAAAUGCAGAACUUGAGCGUGCCCGUAAGCGAAUUAAGACGUUAAAGCGCGAGAAAGAUAUGCUGCUUGAUCGUAUUAGUCAAUAUGAAGGUACAGAGUCUUCCGACUCGGAGAAAUCGGUGAAUGUAUCUUCUAUUAUUGAAUCUAGUGAUUCUGAAUUAUCCUCACAAGCAAAUUCGCGCGCAUCAUCAGUCCCAUCGAUUCGCACUGCCGCAAAGAAAACAGUCCCCAUAACUCACACACCGCCUGCUAAAGUUGUGCCACAAAAACGCGCGAGUAAACGCCCGUUAAACACGAAAACUAUGAAAGUCCAGCAUGUGGCGAAAGAUGAGCGUGGACAGUAUUUGUUGCCGGUACAGAUUGGGAUAUUGACGGUGAUUAAUUUGGGCACGGUGGUGUAUGAUCGUGAGUCGUUUCAUAAUGAGAGGUAUAUUUGGCCAGUGGGUUAUGCUGUUAAACGAUCAUAUAAUAGUAUGAUAAAUCCAGAUGCACAGACAAUGUACACAUGCAAAAUUGAAGAUGGUGGUGAAGGUCCAAGGUUCGUAAUUGAAGCCGAAGAUCAACCAGGCAAGCCAAUCACAGCAAACACAGCAACUGGCGCCUGGACAACAGUAGUUCGCGAAGCAAAUGCCAUCCGUCAUCGCGACCAUUCAAACUCCGCGUCCGGUCCCGAUUACUUUGGUUUCUCGCAAGCGACCAUCCGUAAAAUGAUUCAGGACUUGCCGAACGCAACACGUUGCAAAAAAUACACCACGCAAAAUUUCGAGGUGAUGAAAACACGAAAUAACGGUGGUCGUAAACGCGCUGGCCCUCGUGGAGCUGGUGCUACUUCUACAACGACGACGGCGACGAAUGGAAAAACUGGAAGUAGUGGCACGACAAAUGGUACCUCGGCUUCAACAAAUACAAAUAAUACCAGCGUUGCGCAGUCGCCAACACGUGAGAUUGAGGAACGAAGUAGUAGCAAUGAUGGAAGUGCUAAUGGUGAUGGAGAUAUUGUGAUGACAGAAGCAGAGGUCGAUAGUGAAGAGGAGUAA